UUGAGGCGAUGUAAACGACUUUCUGCUGCGGGUUUAACAGUCGUGGCUCCCGAUGCUCCUCCUGUUUCUUGGCUUGUCCCUCCGCCGUCACCUGACACAGGAGGAGGAAACUGGUUUAUAGUAAUUCUCAUUCGACAUGGGAUUUAUAAUUUCUCAUACAAUCGGGGCAACAAAACGGCACAAAUGACUCUUAAACGCCCUUCCUCGAGAAAACGGUCGUCUCCUUUGCGGUCCGAUAGAGGAUGAGAAGAGGGACGUGCCAGAGAAAAAAACACCCCUGAAAGUCCGGCUUUAAGUUCAAUGAAACAACCGCUGAAUAACCUUUCAAAGGUUUUUGUGUAUUAGUGGGAUUUUGCCAACGCGACAUCAUGUCGGAUACGGGGAGGUCUCUGUCGGUCCUCAGCCGGCUCAGUUAUGCGGUGGGACACUUUCUCAACGACCUGUGCGCGUCCAUGUGGUUCACCUAUCUGCUGGUUUUCUACCACUCCGUGCUGGGAUUUGAAAACACAUACGCGGGUGUGUUGCUGCUCGUAGGUCAGAUAGCUGAUGGGAUCUGCACUCCUGUCAUUGGCUAUGAGUCUGACAGAACCCCCGGCUGUGGAAACUAUGGCAAGAGGAAGACAUGGCACUUAGUGGGUACGGUGAGCGUGUUGCUGUCCUUUGCCUUCAUCUUUAACCCGUGUCUGGGCUGUAGUCCCCUCACCCCUCAGUGGGUCAGCCUGACUUAUUUCAUCCCCUUCAUUGUCAUCUUCCAGUUUGGCUGGGCUGCUACACAAAUCUCACACCUGUCUCUGAUACCAGAGCUGGUCACCUGCGAACACGCUAAAGUAGAACUCACUGCUUACAGGUAUGCCUUUACUGUGGUGGCCAACGUCACAGUGUAUGCGGUGGCAUACCUGCUGUUCCACUACCAAGCCGGGCAGGAUGCCGACCCAUCCCUCAGCGACGCCCUGGGCCCAAGCGACAUCCCCAUCUUCAGAAACCUGGCACUGAUCGUGUUGGGCAUUGGAUGCCUCUUCUCUCUCCUCUUUCACCUGGGAACAAAAGAAAGGAGGGCAGGAGCAGAGAGGGAGGCCGAGGGAGGAGACGGGAGGAGUCGGGAGGAGGAGGAGGAGGAGGAAGAGCGGAAACCUCUCCUUCCCCACUCCCGUCCUUCAUCCUCUCCUCCUCAUCAGUCGGCUGUCCUCCAGUGGAGAUGUUGGCUCAAACAGCCGUCUUUCUACCAGGUGGCGUUUCUCUACAUGUCCACUCGACUAAUAGUCAAUCUGUCCCAGACCUACAUUUCAAUGUAUCUCAUUAACACGCUUGGACUACCCAAGAAGUUCAUAGCAACCAUACCACUAGUGAUAUACCUGAGUGGCUUCCUCGCCUCGUUCAUCAUGAAGCCCAUCAGUAGACUCAUAGGAAAAUCAUGGACUUACUUUGUGGGACUGCUGCUGAUCAUGGCCUUCUCCUGCUGGGUGCUGUUGGAUGAAAGCAUGGGGCAGCGUAUAUACGGGGCGGCCAUCUUGCUGGGGGCAGGGUCAGCCAUCAUCUUGGUGAUGUCACUGUCUAUGACUGCUGACCUCAUAGCCGAUCAAACGCAAAGCGGGGCGUUUGUGUACGGAGCCAUGAGUUUUACAGAUAAGGUGGCCAACGGAGUGGCUGUGAUGAUUAUCCAGGCUUUACACCCCUGCCAUACUGUGUUGUGUUGUCCUGCCUGUGUGUGGUUUUAUCAUGACGUCAUGGUUGUGGUCACUGGAGGUGUGGCUCUGGCAGCGGUACUGGCUCUCUGCACCAUCCUCAUCUGGCCGAUCACGAUCAGACCACUUCCAGGUGGUUUGCCGGUGGUCUCAGUGCUUCAAGGGAGUCAGGACGACUCAGGUCUGAGUUCUGAUGAUGACGCACCAAGGAUCAAUUAAGCACAAAGAGAAAAACAACUCUUUCUGAGCAAUAGCCCAUAAUCCCUUGCACCUGCAGCAGGCUGAUGGAAAUAUUUUUCCCCCCACUUUUUACAUUAAUAGCACCAGAUGGGAGAAAAAAGACAAUCAUAUUAUUUUCUAAUUCUUUUUUUUCCUUCUAAUUGCAGUGAAGAAUUGGGGGGUGGGAGUACUAAAUGGGUGCUUAGGUUGGCCGCUUUUAAGCACUUUUAUGAUCGUUUCCAUGAUGUCAGUGGAAAUGAUCACAAAGACAAAGGGAACCAGAAGGUACACAGGCAUUUCCUUUUAAAAGAUGAAUUUUAUUUCUGUGUAUGCCCUAUGAAACAAUAUAAAGAGGCAAGAGAUUAAGAUGGAUGCUGAGCCAACUGCAGACCCAUGGCAGUCUUAAAGGACCUUAUCAUGUCACCACUCGAGUAAUCAUUCCAGUAUUCAGCUGCAGUCACCGAAAUUUGGCCAUUACACUUGGGACACCUGCCGAGAGACAUUUAAUAAGGGUGUAAUGGAAAUGAAAGCCAUGAAUCGUGUG